UCGUUCCUGGUCGCGUACAUAGUACUGUAAUACUAAUAUUUCAAGGAUGAAAGGCAUCGGCAAGGCGUUCGCACGGACGCCGCACAUGAUAACGAGCAAGGUCGGCCUGUCGAAGAAGUCGAAUGAUCCCGAAUUCGACGACUAUAAUCGCAGGUUCUCUACUCUCGAGUCCGCAGCGGAAAAGCUCCUAAAGGAUACUAAAGCUUUCGACGACGCGGUGACGAACCUAUUCUCGUCGGGAGCCGGAUUCUCCAAUCACUUCGCUACGCUAUUCCGUCCGCUCAACGGAGAAUAUGAUAUCUUGCGCAAGUUCCCUGAGGCGGAGCACACGGUCAAGAACGUCGACCAAUACGAGAGCCUCAUGGAUGAGCUGAAGAGCGCGGUCGUGCCUGAGCUAGAGCUUAUCCAAAGCAGAGUCAUGGGACCGGUGAAAGAACUGCAGGGCGUCAUGAAGCUGGUUCGAAAGAGCAUCACCAAGCGUGAGCACAAGCUGACGGACUACGAUCGCUACAACAACUCUCUCACGAAGCUGAGGGACAAGAAGGAGAAAUCCUUGAAUGACGAGAAGAAUUUAUUCAAGCUGGAACAAGACUUUGAAAUCGCAUCGAACGAGUAUGACUAUAUCAACACCGCCCUCAAGACCGAUCUGCCGAGAUUCAUGCAGAUGGCCACGCAAUACAUUGACCCAUUGUUUCAUUCCUUCUUCUACAUGCAGCUAAACAUAUUCUACCUACUACUGGAGAAGUUGAACGGCUAUGCUGAGAGCGCUCAGUACGAUGUCUCUGUCCCUCCUGCCCAGGUUGCCAUAGACUAUGAGGCUAAGCGCACCGACGCCUGGUCUCGCAUAGAAGAGCUCAACGUCACUAAGAGGUUUACCAGCACAUCGAAACUCGUUCAGCAACGUCGUGUGGAGUCUGGUAGCGGCACGCCGAACCUCAACCGCGCUGCCUCUUCUGCCACGACUUCCUCGACCAAUUCGCGCUUAGCGCCGCCGGUUCGCGGUGCCUCUUCAUACGAGAAGAAGUCUCCUCCACCUCCUCCACAUUCGUCGUUCCCUUCUACUGCGCCCCCACCAUACACUCCUGGUCCCACGGGCGCGAGCUUCACGGCAACGAAGAAAGCACCGCCUCCACCCCCACCACUUAAGCCCAAGCCCAAAGCCGCAGAGCCCGAGAAGCAAUACGUGGUUGCAUUGUACGAUUUUGAAGCACAGGCCGACGGCGAUCUCGAUUUCAAGACUGGCGAUAGGAUCGAGGUUGUAGAGCGGACUGGGAGCGCGGAGGACUGGUGGACUGGUCGGCUUAGGGGACGGCAAGGUGUCUUUCCUGGCAACUAUGUUCAAGAAGCGUAGAGUUUGCGCCGCUAAGUAUAACAGAACUUCGGAUGAACAUUUGUAUCUUACGCUACAUGUGGAAUCGGUACCCUUCUU